AAGUUUCAACCGGUAGUCAAAACUCAAAAGCUGGCAUUCUGUAUCUGUGUUAGCGUACCGAACACCAGUCACUGGCCGCCCAUCCCCAAAUCCUCUGCCCUUUACCCUCUCCUUCACAGCCUCCACUUCUGGUUCGUAGCUCACGGCUCUAACAAAGACAGAGAAAAAGAAGAAGAAAAUCCGAAUAAAGCCUUAGAACCCUGAGACCAUGAAGAUUCUGGUUCCUUUUCUAGCUACGGUCUUGCUAAUGAGCUCGUUUUCGUUCAAUUCCGCAGAAGACGACGUGAAGUGCCUGGAGGGCGUGAAGCGCUCGCUCUCUGACCCGGCCAACAAGCUGAGCUCCUGGACAUUCACCAACACGUCCGUGGCCUCAAUCUGCAAGCUCGAUGGCGUGUUGUGCUGGAACGAGAAGGAGAACCGCCUCAUCAGCCUCGAGCUCCGGUCGAUGCAGCUUGCCGGCGAGCUUCCGGAGUCCCUCAAGUACUGCCAGAGCCUCCAGAACCUCGAUCUCUCCGGUAACGCCCUAGCCAGCCCCAUCCCUCCACAAAUCUGCCUAUGGCUGCCAUAUCUCGUAACCCUAGAUCUCUCCGGCAACCGCCUCUCCGGCCCGAUCCCCCCGGAGAUCGCAGAUUGCAAGUUCCUCAACACCUUGGACUUGAGCGGCAAUCGCCUCUCCGGUUCGAUCCCCUACGGUCUCGGCCGCUUAGAUCGGUUGAAGCGGUUCUCCUUGGCUAACAACGAUCUCUCGGGCUCUGUACCGUCAGACUUGGCGAAAUUUGACGAAUCGGACUUUGGCGGGAACGCAAGGCUCUGCGGAAAGCCCCUCGGGUCCAAAUGCGGUGGACUGAGCAGCAGAAGCCUCGCCAUUAUCGUCGCCGCCGGCGUAAUUGGCGCCGCCGGGUCGCUGUUUUUAGGGUUCUUGGUUUGGUGGUGGUUCUUCGCGAAGGCGAGUGGGGAAAAGCGACGCUACCGUGUUGGUGCUAAGGGAGAUGGUAGCUGGGUCCAGCUACUCAGGUCAUACAAGCUUGUCCAGGUCUCUUUGUUUCAGAAACCCAUUGUCAAAGUCAGGUUGGCCGAUUUGUUGGCCGCGACGAACAAUUUCGACUCCGAAAACACCGUGAUCUCGACGAGAACAGGGGUUUCGUAUAAGGCAGUGUUGCCCGACGGUUCGGCCCUCGCGAUCAAGCGGCUCAAUAAUUGCAAGCUUAGCGAGAAGCAAUUCAGGUCGGAGAUGAACAGGUUGGGGCAGAUAAGGCAUCCCAAUUUAGUGCCUUUGUUGGGGUUUUGUGUGGUGGAGGAAGAGAAGCUUUUGGUGUACAAGCACAUGUUUAAUGGGACUUUGGAUUCCCAAUUGCACGGCAUUGGCAAUGCUAACAGCCAGUAUGGUUUUCUGGACUGGCCGACGAGGCUAAGGAUUGCCGUGGGUGCGGCCAGAGGGCUUGCUUGGCUUCACCAUGUUUGUCAGCCGCCAUAUAUGCACCAAAACAUUAGCUCCAAUGUGGUUCUUCUCGAUUAUGAUUUUGAAGCUCGGUUAACGGAUGUUGGAUUGGCUAGGCUUGUGGGAUCUCGUGAUUCUAAUGAUAGCUCGUAUGUGAAUGGUGAUUUGGGUGAGUUUGGUUAUGUGGCUCCCGAGUACUCGAGCACAAUGGUUGCGUCGUGCAAAGGGGAUGUUUAUGGUUUUGGGGUAGUGCUUUUGGAGUUGGUGACGGGACAGAAGCCUCUUGAGGUCACCAAUGCAGGGGAGGGAUAUAAGGGGAAUUUGGUGGAUUGGGUGAGUCACUUGUUGAUCACUGGUGGGAGCAAGGACGCCAUUGAUAAGGCUCUUAGUGGAAAAGGUCACGAGGAUGAGAUUAUGCAGUUUAUGAGGGUUGCUUGUAACUGUGUGGCUUCUAGGCCCAAGGAUAGGCCUUCUAUGUACGAGGUUUAUGAGUCAUUGAAGAGCAUGGCAGAAAGACAUGGUUUCUCUGAACAGUAUGACGAAUUCUCGAUGAUCUUGCGCAAAAAAGAUCCCGACUAUAAGGAGUAGCCUAUGUUGGAAAAAGAUCACAAGCACAAAACAAAAAGGGGCACUUGCAUGCUCUAAGAAUUGCAGCAUUAGGACAUCUCUGGAUUUUAGGUUUUGAUCUGAAACGCAAUUUUCAGCAAUCGGUAUGGUUUCCACUUGAGCAUGAUUCCCUGUUCUAAUCCUUCAUUUGUUGUUGGACACUUCUGUAUCAUACAAGAAGCACUAUGCACUGUAGCUCUUAUUUGGGAAAAGUUCUGUUUUUUUUUUUUUUUUUGUUGGAUAAAAUGGCUUCUGAAUCAUUGUGGUUUGUAACUUGCUGUUCUAAAGACUUUGUCAAUUUAGGCUGAACAUUAUGGUAUGAUGUGGAACUGGCAAGAGGAAACUUUUAUCUAUCUAAUUUUAUUGCCAUACAUGAUUUAUUCUAA